AUGGAAGCUCAGAGAAAGGCCUCUUGUGAGGUCAGUUUGUCUCUUGGCUGCUUCUUGAAUUACCUCCAAGAAACAGAGCCAGACACACAUCUCUUGCUACUUUGCAUUGCAGCUGGUGCAGGAUAUCAUGUGGUAAACAAUAAGUUUCAGUCUCCUCUUGGGUUUCAUGAGUUAGACUUCCUACUGGAUACAAUGCAAACUGCACAAGAUAAAUACCAGGAACUCAAAAAUAUUUGCACCUACAGAGCUCAGGCAUUCCUAGUGCUCACAGGUCUUACAGCUACCAGUGGACUCACAGAUGUUUCGCCGGAGGAGAAAAUACAGCGUUUGGUAUUAAUAAGCCAUCACCUGGAUCAAUAUUUAUCAAAGGAAGUUGCACAUGUCCUCUCCAAAUCAGGAGCAGAUCAUGAUUGGAAAAACUUAGAGGAAGACUUGAGAUUGCUCAUUGAUGGUAAUUAUGAAGAUACCAUCUCCUCUUUGCAAAUAGAUGAGAUAGGAAAAAACUUGCAAAGCAAUUUCCCUAAAAAGAAACAAUCCUAUGAACCACAUGAUAAUAGAAAUACCAAAUGGGAAGUCAUAGAAGAUACAGCCUUUCUGAGAUUACUACAGAGUCUAGGAUUAAAACAUUACUACCCAAAAGGGAUGAGCAGAGCUAACUUCCAUCUGAUCAACAAGACUUCUGUAUACAACAGCCAUCCCAGAUCUGAAAGGGAGCUUCCCUUAUAUUUCCUUCAGACUAACUUCCAUGAUCAACAAGACUUCUGUACCCUUUUAAAAAUAAGUGUUGGUGACAUCAAGAAUUCCAUCCUCUCAGCUAUUGAUGAAUCCACAGCAAGAGCUAAAGAUAAAAGCAGCACUGUGUCUGGGUGGUUGGAUUUGUUUUGUGAUCACCUGGGGAGUAAACUGAACUUUCCACGAAAAGACUUGGUGAGCAUUGAACACCAGGAGAUUAAAGAUAUUGAGUUUCUCAAAGAAGCCAUGAGUGAAGCUUUGGAUCCUGCAAUGAUCACAGUAGAACAGGAGUGUUUGAGUAAGCCUGAAGAAGACAUGGUUCUUGAAAUCCAGAAAAUGCUCUUUGAACAUCUCUGUGGCUGCUGGAAACAGUGUCCCUUCUGUGGAGCAAUCUGUACAAACACAAUCCCUAACCAUGACGGAGACCACAGUGUUCCCUUCCACCGUCCUCAGGCUAUCAAAGGAGGCGGUUGGGUUAACACAGAUCACUUUGUCAUUGACUACUGUACUAGUUUGGUAACAAGUGAUUGUUAUUUUAUUUUGGAUUGUGAUCUUAAAACCCCAUAUAAGACCUAUCGACAGGCAGGAGGGGAAUAUGCCACAUGGAGCAUCACCCCAGACACAUACAAGCAGCCAUACUGGAAAUGGUUUGUCUGUCACUUCAGAUCAAACCUAGAAGAAAAAUACCAGAAAAAAUUUAUAGGUAGAGGUGAAAUCCCAGAUGCCUGGACCAAAAUCACAAAGGAAGAUGUGCUUGAUGACUUGGAAAAUCAAUAA